AUGCGUAGAGUAAACUCUGUUGAACUUCUCGACAAGGCUUGUAAGCGCAAUGUGAUCGUGCAACUUGGAACUGGGGCUGGAAAGACGUUUAUCGCCGUGCUGCUAUUAAAGGAGUAUGCUCUUCAAAUAUUGGCACCGUAUGAAAAUGGAGGGAAAAGGGCGUUUUUCGUAGUCGACAAGGUCGCUCUUGUGGACCAACAAGCGGAGCACAUCCAGUGUCAUACCACCUUGAAUGUUGGAAAAAUGCAUGGUAAUCUCAACAGCAAUCUCUGGGACAAACAAGACGGGUUCGAUGAGUUUAUGUCUGUACAUAAUGUAGUUGUUAUCACUGCCCAAAUUUUCUUGGACUUGAUAGAUCAUGCAUAUUUCAAUAUUGCAAGAUUAGCUCUAAUUAUAUUUGAUGAAUGUCACCAUGCAUUAGGUGUAAAGCAUCCAUACCGUGUGAUAAUGGAUAGGAUUUUGCGAGUUCGAGAAGAGGAUCGACCACGGAUUUUGGGGCUUACUGCAUCCCUCAUCAAUGACAAGACUCCUCCUAAGCAGUUAGAGGCUAAACUGUCGAAGCUGGAGUGUGUAUUGAACAGCGCUAUCGAAACAGCAUCGGACUUGGUUGCGCUCUCGAAGUAUGGGGCAAAACCAAACGAGUUUGUUGUAGCCUCUGCAGAGUAUGAUCCCAAUAAUGCUUGCGGACGUGAAAUCUUG